GGCAGGGUGGAGUACCACGAGUUCCGCCGUUACAUGGACGAUAAGGAAUUGGAGCUUUACCGCAUCUUCCAAGCCAUCGAUGUCGAACACAAUGGCAACAUUCUCCCUGAAGAGCUCUAUGAUGCUCUUUGCAAAGCUGGUUGGAGGAGCCAUUCAUGUCCUGAAACUUGCUUUUAAUGGAGUCCAAUAGGAUUUUGCAAAAAUUAAUUGUUUGGUUUAUGUUUCUUAGAAUGAAGUAUAUGUUCUUGCUAAUCAUGUUCCUUAAGAGUGUACAGUCUUGGUUUAAUCCGCAGUCCGCAGUCUGUAUGUAUGGUCGAGCAUCUAUAGGGAGAGGUUAAUAUUUUAAAUAGAUUUUGUGUCUCGAGGAAUUAGUCUUGGUCAGAUACCUUGAGUCACUAAAAUAAACUAAGAAUACAUUCCUAACAGUUCGCAUGAGUAAAAGUGGAAAAAAUGUACCUUUUCUAUUUGGUUGAGAAUUUUAUGCUAAAUUUGACCACAAACUUUCAUGAAAGCAUGGAUCACUUACUUUUGAACAUAAAUCACUUUGUUUCAAAUUUAAAUUUACAAAAUCAAGGUCAUUUAAAAUCAAGUUUGGGAGCACCCAUCCAAACAGAGCUAUAAGGUAAGACAUUGGCUUUUGAUGUUUUGGCUGGCUAAUAACAAUAUUUCAGCGAAUAUAAUAUAAGGUAAGAUUGUUUUUAGUAGGAAACAGAUUUGUGGAUUCUAUGACAGGGAAGUGGUUUUGCUUUGUUCCUUUUUAUUGGACAUUUGUUGCCAAUCAUUACGAUUAUGCUCGAACAAUGUUGGGAGACUUGCAAAUUGCAAUGUUUAUAUUCCUUCACAAUUUUGGCGAGCUCUCUUUGAUAUGUCUCUUUUAACUGAUAUACGGUGGAUUUGUUUUGUAUUUUUUCGUUUGGGGUCAUUCUUUGGAUCUGCAUGAUGCGUGAGAUUUGGGAAGGCUACUUCAAUCUUUGAUGAUGGAUUCUGUAAUGUGUUUGUUACUUAUUUGCUUGCAUAGUUUUUUGUGUGCAAUAAUCUGCUGUGGUCUGUACCCUUUAGUGGAUUUUGAAGAUGACAUUCCUUUAUGCCUUUUGCGGAAGCUCCUUCCAUGUUAUGGUUUUUGUUUUUCCAGAUAGUAUUUAUCAUAAGCUUGUGCAGUUUCAAUGCUGCAGGGAUUGAAUUGGAUGACGAGGAGCUUGCUCACUUUGUGGAGCAUGUUGAUAAGGAUAAUAAUGGAAUUAUCACUUUUGAAGAAUGGAGAGAUUUUCUUCUACUUUACCCUCAUGAAGCAACUAUUGAAAAUAUAUAUCAUCAUUGGGAGAGGGUGUGCCUUGUUGACAUUGGAGAGCAAGCUGUUAUUCCUGAAGGCAUCAGCAAGCAUGUGAACCGGAGCAAAUAUUUUAUUGCCGGGGGAAUAGCAGGAGGUAUUUCUCGGACAGCAACUGCUCCUCUUGAUCGUCUAAAGGUGGUCUUACAAGUUCAAACUGCACGUGCUGCUAUUAUGCCAGCAGUAAGGAAGAUAUGGACGCAAGAUGGUCUGUCAGGAUUUUUCCGAGGAAAUGGAUUGAAUGUUGUGAAGGUAGCGCCAGAAAGUGCCAUAAAAUUUUAUGCUUUUGAAACGUUGAAAAAUAUAAUUAGAGAGGCUCAAGGCAACAAGUCAGAUAUUGGUACUGCUGGGAGGCUUUUUGCAGGAGGUAUGGCUGGUGCAGUCGCACAGGCUGCUAUCUAUCCACUGGAUCUUAUUAAAACUAGAUUACAGACUUGUGCCUCUGAAGGUGGAAGAGGCCCUAAGCUAGGAACACUUACAAAGAAUAUAUGGGUUCAAGAGGGACCUCGAGCUUUCUACAGAGGGCUUGUUCCAUCUCUGCUUGGCAUGAUUCCUUAUGCAGCCAUUGAUCUCACUGCUUAUGAUACCUUGAAAGAUAUGUCCAAGAGAUAUAUUCUUCAUGAUAAUGAACCUGGUCCUCUAGUACAACUAGGAUGUGGGACAAUUUCUGGGGCUGUUGGAGCUACUUGUGUCUAUCCACUGCAGGUUAUUCGAACAAGACUGCAGGCACAACCUUUCAACACUUCCGAUGCUUACAAGGGGAUGUUUGACGCCUUUUGGAGAACUUUCAAGCUUGAAGGCUUUACAGGUCUCUACAAGGGACUCUUUCCAAAUCUCCUCAAAGUUGUGCCAGCUGCAAGCAUUACUUACGUGGUUUACGAAAAAAUGAAGAAGAAUCUGGAUCUGGAUUAGAGUUUAUAUUCGGGGGUACUAUCACAAGGUGUUUCCAGACAACCAAAAAGCCAUUUUAAGUACCAGGUUAGCCCUAGGCACAAGGUACUUCCAGAUUUGUGAGCAUUCACAUUGUAGGUAAAAUUCUUUAACUCAGUAGGUCAUACCUCAUGGUUGAGUAUUAUAUAAAAUUCCUCAAGCAAUUGGGUUGAUGAUACUUUAGUGAGUCAUGAAUUGCUGAUGGUUGCGAUAAGAGGUUAUAUUAGAAAAUCAUUCAUUCCGAGGAAAACGAUUUUGUAGUCAGAGGCUCAGUAUUUCCCCAUGCUUAUCUGAACUAAAUGUUGAGCAACUAAAGUGUAGCAUUCUUAGAUGGAAAAAUAACAAGCAACGAGGAGCCAUCCUUUUCAUUAUGGACUCACGUGAAGCCUGAAAGCUGUGUCAAGUAAUACAAACUUGGAUUCGAAGUUAUGUUGCUUAAAAAGGGUGCCGUUGUUUGUAGUACAAACAGAUGUAUCAUAUAUGAAAACGAUUUUUUUAAUUAAAAUAUGGUGUCUCGAUUUACAAUUUUA